GAGUAACUUUUCGGAGAAUCCGCUCCAGCAACCCAACAGCAAUACGCUCCGUUUGCUUUUUCUAACAUAAAUAAAUCUGAACAUCUGCCAAAGAGGAAGGUGGGGGAGGAAGCAAGGGAAAAGAGAAGUGAUGGUGUGAGGAAUGCCUUUCGGCAGAAGUGCUGGACUGAAGAAAUGAGUGCGUGGACAAAGGAGCACUGAGAGCCACUGGGGCAGCGAGGCCAGUCCAUCCCAGGGAGGAUCAGCACCUCCACUUCUAUAGGCACACUGCAAAGGAUGAGCUCUGGAUUCCUUUCAAACCUUUCUAUCAAGGUUCAAAGAUGAAGACUCUUCAGAGAAAUAUGAGUGUGUUCCAGCAAACUAAAGUUCUCUUGUGGAAAAAUAUCCUGACGAAGUGGAGGAUGAAGACGCAGAGCUUUCAGGAAUGGAUGCUGUCUCUGCUCUUUCUGCCACUGAUUUUCUUGUUGUGCAUGUUCCUGAGGAGCAUUCGCUACCCUGAAGUGCCUUAUGGCUACCUCGGGCAGUUGGAUGAUCCUGCCUAUGAUGCCACUGGGGUCACCAUCGCUUAUACACCCAUCACUGUGACCACAAGGCAGAUCAUGAAUAAAGUGGCCUUGAACUCGGUAAUGACAGGUAUAAUAUUAGAAGCACUGGACAGUGAGAGAGCCCUGGAAGAAGCCUGGAUUUCAAAUAGAGAAAUUAUAGGGGUUGUAUUUAAGGACAACGUCUCCUAUCACCUCAGGUUUCCUGCUGAGAAUGUGGCUAUUCCAAAUGACAACUUUGGACACAUAGAUAACUGUUUUGAUUUCUCAUGGUCGAGCUGUCGUAGCCCAAGGUACUGGUACAAAGGCUUCCUGUCCCUGCAGGCCAGCAUCGAUGCUGCUAUUAUAGAGGUAGUGGCAAAUCAUUCUGUUUGGGAAGAAAUGAAAUCAAUUGCUGGUGUCCGUAUGAAGUCCCGAAGCGUCAUCCCCUCCAUCACACUAAACUACAGUUACUUCAUGAUUACUAUCGUGAUGUGUUUCUCCCCAUUCAUGUAUUUCUUGUCAAUGAAUGUUGCAAGAGAAAAGAAGCAGCUCAAAGUAUUGAUGAAGACAAUGGGGCUGCAGGACAUUGCAUUUUGGCUCUCCUGGAGUCUGCUGUAUGCUGUUUACGUGCUGGUCCUCUCCUGCCUGCUGACAGCUGUCAUGGUGCAGAAUUCUUUCUACCUCAGCAGCUUCCCUUCGGUCCUAUUGCUGUUUUUCCUCUAUGGCCUAGCAUGUAUCCACCUGGUUUUCAUGCUCUGCUCCCUAUUAAGGACCUCCAAACUCGCUGGCUUUGUGGCCUUCCUCAUCACCCUCCUCUUCGGAUGCCUGAGCCUUGUGGUGCUGAUAGAAAAGCUUCCAGAACCAGCGAAAUGGUUUCUUGGUCUCUUCUGUCCUUUUGCAUUUAACGCUGGCAUUGCAAAGGUUUUCCAUUUAGAAAAAUACGGAAUGGGUUUCUCUUUUUCUAACCUAAUGGAGGAUUCAUACUUUCUAUUUUCAACUUACAUUAUGCUGGUCUUUGACUCAGUCUUGUACAUGCUGUUAGCUAUGUACUUCGACAAAGUUCUCCCAGGCAAAUACGGCAUCCCAGACUCCCCUUUUUUCUGCCUGGAGCCCUCAUACUGGGUGCGGAGCAGGAGAGGCUCCACCAGGAAGAUGCCCCGAACUCCAGUGAACCCUGAAGAGCUCCUCAAUGAUGAUGUAGAGCCGGUGCCCUCUGAAUUCAUGGGGAAAGAGGCCAUCAGACUCAGCAAUAUUAAAAAAGCAUAUAAGAAGAAGGACAAGAAGAUAGAAGCUUUAAGAGGUUUGUCUCUAAAUAUUUAUGAGGGUCAGAUCACUGCCUUACUUGGCCACAGUGGGGCUGGAAAAACGGCACUGUUAAAUGUGCUCAGUGGGCUCACUUUCCCUUCCGAAGGCUCUGCAACCAUCUACAACUACAAACUCUCUGAAAUAGGAGAUAGGGAAGAGAUUCGAGAGAUGAUUGGCAUCUGCCCCCAGUUCAAUGUACAGUUCAGUGUCUUAACAGUGAAAGAAAACUUGAAAACCUUUGCAGAAAUCAAGGGCAUCAGGUCCAAAGAGGUAGAGCAAGAGGUGCAAAACAUUUUGGAACUGCUGGAUAUAAGUAACAUUCAAGACACUCAAGCAGAGAAACUCAGUGGUGGGCAGAAACGGAAGUUAUCCAUUGGAAUAGCCAUGCUUGGGAACCCCCAGGUUUUGCUCCUGGAUGAGCCAACGGCUGGGUUGGAUCCUCUUUCCAGGCACAAUGUGUGGAGCCUCCUCAAGGAGCACAGAGCUGGACGAGUGAUCCUGUUCAGUACCCAGUUCAUGGAUGAGGCUGAUAUCCUCGCAGACCGCAAGGCUUUCAUCUCACAUGGGAGGCUGAAGUGUGUUGGUUCUUCUCUGUUCUUGAAGAAGAAAUGGGGGAUUUGCUACCAUUUAAGGAUCCAUGUCAAUGAGUCCUGUGACUUAAAGAACGUGACAUCUCUGGUUAAACGGUACAUCCCCAAUGUCAUAUUCUCAGAACACAGUCAAUGUGAACUGAGAUAUAAACUGCCACUAGAAAACAUGAACAAAUUCCCAGAUCUGUUCAGUGGCCUCGACAGCUGCUCUGACCAGGGAAUUAUCAAUUAUGGAGUUAGCAUGACAACCCUGGAGGAUGUCUUCCUGAGGCUGGAGGAAGAAGCCACAGUGGAUCAAGAAGAUGAGCACGUCCUCCGGGAAGAGUGUGCAGAAGUGGGAUCACGAUGCCCUGAUGAGAUGGAGCCGUGCUCCCUGCUGCUCUCGGACUCUGGGAAGGCGGCAGUCGUCGGCUUGGCUCUCUGGAGGCAGCAGGUCUCUGCCAUGGCGUGGGUCCACUUCUUAAAGCUGAAGAGCUCAGUGAAAAGCCUGCGGUCCAUUUUGCUGCUCUAUGUGGUUUUCCUGCUUCCUGUGGUUUUGCAACUGUCCCUGCUUGCUGUGUGGCAGAGAGCGAAUGUUUGGGAGCUCUCAUCUGCACGGUACUUCUUGCCCCAGGGGAAGAGGGCUUGGUCAGAGACAACAACCAGCCUCCUGGUCCACAACAACACCGGCACAGCCAUUGAAGACUUCAUCCACGUGCUCGAAAGCCAAGACCUCACAGUGGAAAUAACAAGUGAGGAAAACAUCACAGAGGAGCUAAAACACAAUGGGGCUAUAAAGGUGUCUCGCAAAGGUCAGAGCUACAGGUUUACCGUGUUAUGCCACCUGGAGACUGUCAACUGCUUCCCGGUGCUUGUGAAUGUCAUUAGCAACGCUCUGCUGAAAGCCUUCAAUUCCACCAUGCACAUUCGGAUCUGGAGCCAUCCAUUUUUCUCUGUAGACGAACCACAGUUCUGGAAUAUUUUUGCUACUUUUUACCUCUUUUAUAUGCUGUUGUUAUUCCCUGGUUUUCCUCCACACUUUGCAAUGGGCUAUAUGCAGGAUUACAAGGCAGGAGCUCGUGCCCAGCUGAGGGUCUCAGGGCUCUUUCCCUCAGCAUACUGGUGUGGCCAGGCACUGGUGGACAUCCCACUGUGCUGGCUCCUUCUCUUCUCGAUGUUUGGGCUCCAGUUUGCAUUGAGCACCAAAACUUCCUGGCACACCGACGUCCUCUUCCUGCUGAUCACAGGUGCUCUUAGCUAUGGAAUUUCUAUUGUUCUCUUCACUUAUGUGAUCUCCUUCGUCUUUCGCAGAGGAUGGAACUGUGAUUUUUGGUCUUUUAUCAUGAUAGCGGUAUGCUUCGUUACUUGUAUCAUCAGCAAAGUCAUGGAUUUUUCUGUGGGUAUCAGAGCCACCCUCUAUGUUCUGUCUCUCUUGAUUCCCUUGUACCCACUGCUGUGUUUAACGAUGAGCUGCAUGCAGGUUUUUGUAGACGAUGAGAGUUUUUUUGAUUUGAUUCCAAAGACCGAUCUACUAAUAACUGUCUUUGCACCUUUGAUCCAUUCUGUGGGUUUCAUUUUUCUUCUUCGAUAUUUGGAGAUCAAAUAUGGAAGAGCAGUUCAGAGAAAGGACCCGAUAUUUAGGAUUUCCCCAAGAAGACAAAGCAGCCACCAGCAUCCUGAAGAGCUUGGAGAGGAAGAUGAAGAUGUUAAAGCUGAAAGAGCAGCAGUGAGAAAUGCCAUAGCGACCCUGAGUCAGGAGGAGAAAUCAGUCAUCAUUGUCAGCAAUCUAUGUAAGGAAUAUAAAGUAAAGCAAGCUGGUUCCAUUUUUAAGAAGAAGAAGAAGAAAAUGGCCACCAAAAAUGUUUCCUUCCAUGUUAAAAAAGGAGAAGUAUUAGGGCUGCUGGGGCCCAACGGAGCUGGUAAAAGCACAACUAUGAAAAUGAUCACUGGAGAGACAACACUGACUGCUGGGCAGGUGCUGAUGAAGAAAGGAAAUGGAGCAACUUCCCACCUCCAGGACCAUGCACCCUCCUUCCUGGGGUACUGCCCACAAGAGGACCCACUCUGGCCAGACCUCACCGUGCACCAGCACCUGCAGGUCUAUGCGGCUGUGAAAGGGGUGCCCAAGGAGGAUACAGCUGCUGCUGUCAACCGAAUAGUAAAUGCUCUACAGCUUCAAGACCACCUAAAAAAGAAAUCCAGAAAAUUAUCUGCUGGGAUAACCAGAAAGCUGUGCUUUGCAGUGGGCAUGCUGGGCAACCCAGCGGUCCUGCUCCUGGACGAGCCAUCAACUGGCAUGGACCCCAAAGGGCAGCACUGUGUCUGGAAAACGCUUCGUGCCGCCCUGAAAACCAAGGAGUCAGGAGCCGUCCUUUCCACACACCACAUGGAGGAGGCGGAGGCAGUGUGUGACCGUGUGGCCAUCCUGGUGUCGGGGCAGCUAAGGUGCAUUGGCUCCGUUCAGUACCUGAAGAACAAGUUUGGCAAGGGCUAUCUGCUGGAAAUUAAGGUGAAGGAUCUGGAGCACGCUGAGCUUCUCCAUGCUGAGAUUUUGAGGAUUUUCCCAAGCGCAGCCCGUCAGGAGCGGUUCCCUUCUUUGCUCGUCUACAAGGUCCCAGUGGAAGAUGCACUGCCCCUGUCUCGAUCUUUCUCCAAGCUAGAGGAAGCCAAACAAAACUGCAACCUCGAGGACUACAGCUUCUCUUUGAACACUUUGGCUCAGGUGUUUCUGGAACUCUCCCGAGAGCAGGAAAUGGAUAAUUUUGACCUAAGUUUGGAUGGGGCUUUUGAAUGGAAUCAGCUUCAGCAGGAGGACUGUUAAAGAUCCAAGAUGCUCAUUUACGCCUUACUCCAUACUAACCCAAUAUGAUACUGUGCAUAUUUACUAUCAUUAUCAGCGUACCAUGAAGAGAAAGAGCAGCUUUACCUUUCCAGCAAGCAUCUGCUGAGGGGUCCUCUCCAAUGCAGAAGACUUUUCACCUGGACAUUGCAGGUGCCUACAUUAAGCCCGACCCCAACCAGCAUUUCCAAUGGCUGGUUGAUGAAGCAGUGCCUGCACUGACGAAAGCUCUCAUCAAACAGAGCAGCACACAGCAAAGGGACAAAGAGGUUUGCAGGGAUCAUAACCCAUCUAUAGGGAUCGGGGCUCUGCUUUGCUCAGUAGAUGUGGGUGCAUCAGGGAAUUCUGAACAUGCUGCCAACUUUCUGGGCUCCUCUCCCACCAGUGUGGGGGGUUAUUUACCUACGAUGUGUUUAAAUGCAUCUUAAUGAAAUUUGCACUCUAUUUUUAUACCCUUCCAAUAAAUGUCUCUAUAGAAACUGC